AUGUCUGACGCAGAACAAACACCGCUACUGCCUUCAAACAACAAUCAGGACAAGGCUGCCAACGAAGAAUUGUCCUUGACUGACAACUCAGACAACAUUGACAACAUUGACAAUGCCCUCGGAGACUCAAACCAGGAUGAUAAUUUGGACCCUUCUUUAGAUCCCAUGUUGGACCCUACUUUGGAUGACAACUUGGACGACGGUUUGCAGAACAUGACUUCAGAGCCAAAUGAGUUCUUCGAUAUGGAUAUCGACAGCAAAGACGACCUGCCUGAUGGUGAUAAACAGCUACAAGAGCUACCCGAAAACACGUCUGAAAACGCGGACGAUGCUGUGUUCGAUACUGCCGAUCUUGAAAACCCCGAGGACGAAAAGUCAGAAGAUGUUGAGAAUCUAGACAAAGCCAACGAGGAUGCCAACAUGGAUGUUGAUAGCCUGGUUAAAGACCUGGAGUCUGCCACGGCUGAGCAGGAUGACACCGAGAAAGAUGACGCAAAGGAUGAAGAGAAGAGCGACGAAAAGGUCGAAGAAAAGGAUGACGAGAAGGAUGACGAGAAGGAAAAGCCUAAAGAAGAUGUUCCGGAGAAGUCGUCUGUGUCACCUUCCGAAACUACACCUAUUCCAUCUACCGAAACUGACUCUGUUUCGAAGCCUGCCACUGCAACUGACUCGAACACCGAAGGUGACGAGAAGGUUACCGAAAGCCGAAAGAGCGCUCCACGUAUAGAAGAUGACGAGCCAGAGAUCAAGAAAGAGCAGUCUGCUACCGUGGAGAAACAUGAAAGUGACUCUGAGGUUGAGGAGGAUGUCUUUGAUCAAAAGUUGGGCGACUCUAGUGGUUUAGACACGGAUGACAAGUCUCGUAUUCGUCAGACCCAUGCCAUAAUAAUUCCAUCAUAUGCGUCAUGGUUCAACAUGAAGAAGAUUCAUCAAAUUGAGCGUGAUUCAUUGCCUGAAUUUUUCAACACGUCACAUCCAUCGAAAUCUCCCAAAAUCUACGCCAAUUACAGAAACUUCAUGAUUAACGUUUACCGGUUAAACCCCAACGAAUACUUGACAUUGACCUCCUGUCGCCGCAAUUUGGUCGGUGAUGUUGGCACAAUAAUGAGAGUCCAUCGUUUCCUCACAAAAUGGGGACUUAUAAACUAUCAGGUGAACCCUCAACUCAAACCUGCCUAUGCUUUAGAAAAGUUACCGAACGGAUCCCUGGUCGGAUUACCAUACACCGGCGACUUUCAUGUACAAUACGACACCCCUAGAGGUUUAUUCCCCUUUGAUACUUUCAAGGUGAACACUGAAAAUGUGAACGCGGAGAAACUUAAAGCUCUUCUUGGGUCAGAAAAAGGUAUUAAUGGCUCUUCAGAUCAUGCAGAAUCGCAAAACGAUGAUUUGGGCCUCGAUAUCGAACCAUCUCAGAAGAAGCGCAAGAUUGAAACUGCUGUUGACGACAAUUGGUCUACUGAAGAACUUUCACUGCUCGUUCUUGGUAUCAAAGAGCACAGAAAUGACUGGUACAAGAUCGCCAAAAAAGUCGGAAAUGACAAAACUCCUCAGGAAUGUAUUCUCAAGUUCCUUGGUAUGCCGUUGGAGGACAGGUUCAAUGCCCUUGACUCCAAGGAUGACAGCAUUAUAAAAUACGCAGCAAACUUCCCAGUUUCAUCCACUGAUAAUCCAGUUAUUGGAAACCUUGUCUUCAUGACGAAUCUUGUUGAUUCCGAUGUGGUGAGAGCAGCUACUAAGCGUGCUUCGGAUAAAUUGGACGAAAAAUUCUUUGAAAGAAUUGAGAAAACGCAAUCGGUCUCUGGAAAAGAAGGAUCUGACGAAAAGAAAGAAAGCACUGAGUCCAAUGGCUCGGCCAACCCCGAAUCGAUCGAUCCUGCGCUCGAGGACGACUUAAAACAAGUAUUCAACACUUCUGAAUCAAGUGAAAACAUCAAGGAUGCUGCAGCUGGUGUCUUGGGCACUGUCGGUGGCCGCAGUCAUUUGUUUGCCAAUUACGAGGAGAGAGAAAUGCAAAGGUUGACUUCAAGUAUUCUUAAUAACGAACUUACCAAACUUGAUGUGAAGAUGAAUAAGGUCAAUGAACUCGAAAAGAUUUUCCAGAGAGAGAGAUCCAACUUGUCUCGUCUCCAAAAUGAGAUUUUCUGCGAUAGGCUUGCAUUGACCAGAUCAACGGUAAGCAUUUCAAAGAAACUCAAUGACGCUCUUGAACUUCUCAAAUCCUCGAAAGAAGGAGAGGCCACUCCUGGUGAUAAGGUGCAGAAUAUCGAAAGCAUUAUCAAGGAAGCUCAGUCAUUGCUUUACAAGCCUACUGUGCUGGCAUUCGACGACAAAGACUCUAAACAAGAGUCACAAUCCAGAUCUGAAGAUACCGAUGCCAAGACACAGAACUCCGAAUCCACAGUCAAGCCCUUGUCCAUAGAGACUCCUCAAUCUUUCAAGGUAUGGGUACCAUAA